AUGUCUUCUUCAGCCAGCUUCGACCAGGUGGCCACUGCAGCGGCUUUAUCCUCUUCUUCCAUUAGAGUUCGGAUCCCAUAUCUGCAGGGCCUCGAGGAGCGGAUAAAUCAGCGGGCUUUCGAAAAGGAGCCAUUCCCCGAAUUAGUACGAAUCCUCUUUGGGACUAUCCCUCUGUACCGAGAUCGAGAGUCAAGACUUGUUGUUCAAGCAUGCAUUGCCGCAAUCCUCAAGUCGGAACCACAACCCCAAUUGCUGGGAUGGCUCACCAAGACCAUGCGCCAUGAAGGCCAGAAGGCCGGCCUAGCAACAUCGAACUCGUUCGUUUUAGUAGAGUGGUGCAGUUUACUCAUGCAAUCACUGGCUGGAUCCCCUCUCUGGGGCCAGUUCGGAGACGAUAUUAUCCACUGUACAGCCGAUUCCCUGGCUCGAUGCCUCCAAUCCGGCAAACAAUCAAUCGCUCAUUCUGCGCUGGUGGUCACAAGGAGAGGGUUCCGCAAACUUUUCGCGGCCGAUACUCGCGAGAAGGUCCUUCAAGAUGCCGUCAAGACCCUGACGGCCAAGUCGAGUCAAUCGGUGGCCCGGCACGCACCAUUGUUGGGAGUAAUUGCUGGUGUUUCCUCGAGGCUACCGGCUGUGAAGCCAGCCAUUGAGGCUCACAAGUCGCAGUAUUACGAAUUUUAUACUCGAGAAAUUGUGACUUCGAAAACGCCAGUUACAGCGGAGGUGGCGGCUGGCCUGAAAGACUUCUUCCAGGACUUCUCCACUCUGCCUGAGCUGGAAAAGGAGGUAUUCCCAGCACUUGAAAAGGGACUCCUUCGAGCACCUGAAGUUAUCUUGACUAGCGUUCUGAGACCAUUGGUAGCCGCCUUACCGCCGACAUUUGACCUUUCCACGUUGUUGAAAGAUAAGCUUCUGAAGCAUCUGUUAUCAAGCAUUAAGUCGAGCAAUGCCUUGGUGAGAGCUGGGGCUGUUUCUUCGUUCCGAGAUAUCGUUCUUCGAUGUCAUGAUGAUGAUAUCUUGCAAAAGGUUGUCGACGAGAUACUUGCUCCCUUGAAGGGGGGCAAGCUUUCGUCUCCGGAUCAUCGAGUUUUGCACGCUGACAUGUUGGAGGGUAUCCCACUUUCUGAAUCCUCAGCUAAAAAGGUGAUGGAUGGUCUCGCCAUUGUAGCUGGAAAGGAAGGAAACGAAUCUGCUUUGUCAAAUGAAACGUCCACUCUGUCCAAGGCCGUGGUGCAGCUACUUAAGACCAACGCUGAUAUUCCUAAGCCUGUGCUUGAUGUAUUUGUUAAAGGCUUGGCGGAUAAAAAACCAGCGUCCCGUAAGCUUUGGAUCCUGCGAACUGGCUCCAUCUUGCGUGCCUGCGAACAGCAGGAGCCCACCGAUAGCAUGCUGUCGUGGGUUGAGGCUGUGACCCCAAAGCUGUUCGACAACUUCAACGAGACGGCGGCCAACGCCGCGAGUGCUGUCCAGAGCGGCCUAGCUAUCGGGGCCUACAUCCUUACGGCGCUUAUCCCAGGGCUUCAACAGAAAUUUCCUUCCGCAAAAUCAGUCGCCAAAACUCCUAUUGCUAAAGAUGCUCUGGGCCCCACUGGCAAGCAAUCUUUCCUCUUGAACCAUAGAAUCUACUCUAAACUUGGUGGGGAGGAGGACUUGAAUUGGUUUGCCCUGGCCUUGACAGCCCUGCAUCCAGCGCUGGACGAGAAAACCCCAACGGAUGUUUCUAUUGCAUGGUCGGGGGCAUUUAUAUAUGCUAUCACCGCACCAGAUGUCCCGCCCUCCGUACAACAAGCAGCAGGUAAAGCAUUGUCUCAACUUCAUUCCAAAAACACACAUCAAAUAUCAGGGUUUGUGACCGAUGGCCUCUGGGAUUUGCUUCUUCAUUCGGGUACACAGGAAAAGGAAACCAGAUUUGGAAGAGACCAGCUGAUACAAGUCCUAAGAGCGAUAUGCCCGGAUCGCUCUGACGGAGAUGAGGCUACUGACUCGGCAGCUUUGGAAGAUCAAGCUUGCUCCUUGAUUGUUCUAGCACGACAUGAACUUAUUCCCCGAUCAAGCUGGAUCGAUCUCUGUUUACGUAUGAAGAUCGACCCCGGGAAUCUUGCUCGUGAACGAAAGGAAGAGCUCCUGAAGGAAAUAUGGACACGAACGUUGAUCGAGUCCGAUCCUGUUAAAUUGGCUGCAUCCAACGCCGCCGCUGAAUUGGCCUUUGUGGCACCAGAUGCUAUUAUCCCGAGGCUUAUAGAUCUUGUGCGCGCAGAUCUGAGUACUGCAGGCUUAAAAGAAAUCGGCCCUGUGGAGGCAGCCAUCUUCAGAACACCUGAAGGAACAUGUUUUGUUGAUGUCCUGGCUAAAAAGGGCCAGAAUCAAGUGCCCAACAAGAAUAGCAAAGACUAUGAUAUCUUGAAAUGGGAGGAAGAGCUACGGACCCAACUCGAGAACAAAAAAGGCCAGAAGCGCAAGUUGACCGCCGAAGAAAAUGCAAAGGUUAAUGCCCAGUUGCAGAAGGAAUCGCAAAUUCGGAAAACCAUUGGAGAAAUUGAGUCACGGCUCCAGCGCGGCAUUGCAAUCGUUCAGGCCCUCGCGACCGGCCCACCUACCGAAGCAAAGCUCUGGCUUAACGACGCCAUCACGCUUUUGCUUGGAAUUAUGGAUGCCGGUUGCAGCUUGAUAGUGGGGGAUGCACCCUCAACAGCUUACCUGGCGCUUUCUGACAAGGUUGCGUCGAGACUUGGUCUCAUCCGGAAUUUCGUUGGAAUUGGAACACUUCGAUAUCGUGAUAUAACUCUACCCGAUAACUUCAACGAGGAACCAUUGGAAGAAUUGAUCACCCGAGUUCUCUACCGUCUUCGAUUUGCUGGCGAGCAGCGACCCUUUGAUGCGGUUUCUGUGACAUAUAUUCUUCCUCUCAUCUUCGACCUCCUACGCAAAGGCGGUGUUGGUGCAACCUCAGAUGAUAGGGAUGCUCAGCUGGUGCUGGCUCUAGAGUUCCUCACGUUUCAUUCGAACACUUGUGAGGACGAGUCUCUUCCUCGUGCUGAACUAUUGUCUGUUUUGAUUGAGUCGAUGCAGAAAUACGGCCAGCAUUACAAGCUUGUUCGUGAUUGUUUUGUGGACAUGUGUCGGUGCAUCGCGCCAAACAUCAUCCCUGUGGAGAUUUCAGUCCUGACAAAGGGCACAAUUGUACCUCAUGCAAGUGUGAGAACUACCGCCCUGCAGUCAAUAAGCAGUGACGUCGACAUGAGUGAGUUUGGUUAUUCGGAUGAAAUAUGGCUUGCAUGCCACGACGAUGAGGAGGAGAAUCAAGAAAUCGCAAGGGAAAUUUGGGUUGAGAGUGGUGUCCAGGUUGGCCCUGAUGUGCCGGAGAGAAUGCUGCCCUUCCUCGAAUCAAAGGACGCUCAACUUCGCCGAGCAGCUGCUCGCUCCCUUUCAGAAGCUGUCUUGUCGCACAAGGGCACGAUGGAUGCGGUUCUCUCAAAGUUGAAAGCCUCUUAUCAAGAGCUUGCAAAACCGAGGGUGCAGUUGUUGGACGAGUUUGGCAUGCCCAUGAAGAUGGAUCUUUCAGACCCUUGGGAAGCCAGGCACGGAAUUGCCACUGCUUUGAAGGAGCUUUCGUCUGUUGUUACAACGCAAGAAAUCGAGAUCAUUUUCGAAUUUAUGAUCAACGACGGGCCUCUAGGAGACCAAAACAGUGCUGUUCGAGCCGAAAUGCUUGAUGCCACUAUCCGCGCGAUUGACCUCCAUGGGAAAAAGAUGAUUGAUCAGUUGAUGAAGAAGUUCGAAUCUACUUUGGAACAACCCGACAAAAACAGCGAUGCUGCCGACCGUGUUAACGAAGCGGUGGUGAUUAUGUAUGGAGCCUUGGCCCGCCACCUGGCCCCUGGCGAUUCCAAGAUCCCAGUUGUCAUUGACAGACUGCUGGCCACAUUGAAAACUCCAUCAGAAACGGUUCAGUUUGCAAUUGCAGACUGCCUUCCCCCUCUGGUUCGGGCCUGCCAGGACAAGUCGUCAAAGUACUUUGAGCAGAUCACAGAUGAGCUCCUCAAUGCUAAGAAGUACGCAGCCCAAAGAGGUGCUGCUUAUGGCCUGGCUGGCUUGGUCCGUGGGCGCGGAAUCGCAGCUCUCAGAGAGUACCGUAUCUUAUCAACUCUCAAAUCAGCAUUGGAAAACAAAAAGGAUGCUCAUCAACGGGAGGCCAGCCUACUAGCCUUUGAACUCUUCGCCACCAUCCUCGGACGUCUCUUUGAGCCUUACGUGAUCCAGAUUGUACCUCAACUUCUAAGUGGUUUUGGAGAUGCGAACGGCGAUGUUCGUGAUGCUUGUCUUGCGGCUGCCAAGGCCUGUUUCGGAAACCUUAGCUCAUAUGGAGUGAAACAAAUAAUGCCCACUCUACUUGACGGCCUGGAAGACCAACAGUGGAGAAGUAAGAGAGGAGCUUGUGAGCUCCUUGGUGCCAUGGCAUAUCUAGAUCCUCAGCAGUUGGCAAACAGCCUUCCUGACAUCAUUCCUCCGCUGACGGGUGUUCUGAACGACAGCCACAAGGAGGUAAGAGCCGCAGCAAACCGAAGUUUGAAGCGGUUUGGCGAGGUUAUCAAUAACCCAGAGAUCAAAAGCCUGGUGGAUAUUCUUCUCAAGGCUCUUAGCGAUCCUACUAAAUAUACCGACGAAGCAUUGGACUCGCUCAUCAAAGUACAGUUUGUGCACUACUUGGAUGCCCCGUCUCUGGCUUUGGUCACUAGAAUCCUACAGCGCGGUUUGAACGAUCGCUCGAACACCAAACGCAAGGCUGCCCAGGUUAUUGGCAGCCUUGCCCAUCUAACGGAGAAGAAGGACAUUGUUGCUCAUCUACCUGUACUCGUUGCUGGUCUCAAGGUCGCUGCUGUGGACCCCGUUCCCACCACUCGUGCAACCGCCUCUAGGGCGUUGGGAUCCCUUGUGGAGAAACUGGGAGAGGAUGCUCUUCCUGAUCUUAUUCCAGGCCUUAUGCAGACUCUCAAGUCAGACACAGGAGCCGGUGACCGACUUGGUUCUGCCCAGGCGCUUAGUGAAGUUCUUGCUGGUCUUGGCACGACGAGGCUGGAAGAAACGCUUCCAACAGUGCUACAAAAUGUCGAAUCUUCAAAGCCAGCAGUCCGGGAAGGAUUCAUGUCUUUAUUCAUUUUCCUACCUGUCUGUUUUGGAAACAGCUUUGCCAAUUAUCUUGGCCGCAUUGUACCUCCAAUUCUGUCUGGAUUGGCCGAUGAUGUCGAGUCAAUUCGUGAGACAGCUCUCCGUGCGGGUCGACUUCUUGUUAAAAAUUUCGCCGUCCGCGCCGUAGACCUCCUUCUGCCGGAGCUAGAAAGAGGUCUAGCAGACGACAGCUACAGAAUCCGUUUGAGUUCCGUGGAGCUAGUGGGAGAUCUUCUGUUCAACCUCACUGGUGUUAAGGCUGAGGAUGAGCAGGAUGAGGACGAGCCCGACGCAAAAGAAGCAGGGGUUUCUCUCAAGGAAGUUUUGGGAGAAGAAAAACGCAAUAAGAUUUUGUCUGCUCUUUAUGUCUGUCGUUGCGAUACAGCAGGGUCAGUUCGGGCGGCAGCCAUAUCAGUCUGGAAAGUUUUGGUUCAUACUCCAAGAACACUUAAAGAGCUUGUUCCUACCCUUACUCAGCUCCUUAUCCGCCGGCUUGGAAGCUCGAACAUGGAGCAUAAGGUCAUUGCUAGCAACGCUCUGGGCGAGCUCAUCCGGAAGGCCGGUGACGGUGUCCUCUCAAGCCUUUUGCCUACUCUCGAGGAAGGCUUACAAACAUCCACAGAUACUGAUGCUAAGCAGGGUAUCUGUCUUGCUCUCAAGGAAUUGAUAUCUUCGGCGUCUCCUGAAUCUUUGGAAGAACACGAAAAGACUUUGAUAUCUGUCGUUCGCGCGGCCCUCACAGAUUCCGACGAGGAAGUGCGAGAGGCAGCUGCCGAGGCUUUCGACUCGCUACAGAAUAUCUUCCACAAGCGCGCUGUGGAUCAGGUCCUUCCUUAUCUGCUUUCUCUUCUCCGUUCCGAGGACCAAGCAGAAAAUGCUCUGUCAGCUCUCCUCACACUGCUUACAGAAACCACAAGAUCAAACAUUAUUAUCCCUAUCCUCAUUCCUGAUCUUGUCAAGCCCCCCAUCUCUUCAUUCAACGCCAAGGCUAUUGCAUCACUAUCUAAGGUUGCUGGGGCCGCUAUGAAUAGACGAUUACCCAGCAUCAUCAAUUCUUUGAUGGACAACGAAAUUGAUUGCCCGACAGCAGAGUUGAAGGAAGAACUUGAGCAAUCUCUUGACACUGUUAUUCAGCACAUUGAUGAGUACGAUGGUCUCAAUAUUAUCAUGAGCGUACUGUUGCAAUCACUUAAACAUGAUGACCACCGCCGAAGAGCCGCAGCUGCUCGACAUUUCCGUAACUUCUUCGUGGCAUCGAGCGUGGACUACUCGAGAUACAACCAAGACAUUAUCCGAUCUCUCCUCAACUCGUUUGAUGAUGGAGACAUGGAUGUUGUCAAAGAUUCCUGGUCUGCGCUCAGUGAAUUUACGAAAAGAUUACGAAAAGAAGAGAUGGAAUCACUUGUACCAUCCACUCGACAGACUCUUGUCCGGGUUGGUGUUGCCGGUGCUACUCUUCGUGGGUUUGAAUUGCCAAAGGGUAUCAAUGCUAUCUUGCCGAUCUUCCUUCAGGGUCUGAUGAACGGUACAGCCGACCAGAGAGUCCAGGCUGCUUUGGGAAUUUCAGACAUUGUGGACAGGACGAGCGAGGCUUCUUUGAAACCUUUCGUCACACAAAUCACCGGACCUUUGAUUCGUGUUGUGUCUGAGCGAGCCACAGAAGUGAAAUCGGCCAUCCUGCUCACUUUGAACAACUUACUCGAGAAGAUGCCCACUGCUCUUAAGCCCUUCUUGCCGCAACUCCAGAGGACAUUUGCUAAAUCCCUAGCUGAUACGUCGAGCGAAACACUGAGAUCUCGUGCCGCUCGUGCUCUGGGCACGCUGAUCAAAUACACGCCUCGUAUUGACCCCUUAAUUGCCGAACUUGUGACAGGUUCCAAAACCACAGAUGCAGGUGUCAAGACUGCAAUGUUGAAGGCUUUGUAUGAGGUUGUGAGCAAAGCUGGAGCCAACAUGGGAGAAUCCUCCCGAGCAGCUGUCCUUGGCUUGAUCGAUAUGGACACUGAUGAGCGGGAUGAUUCAAUGACCAUUACAAACGCAAAGUUACUGGGAGCUCUCAUAAAGAAUGUACCCGAAGAUAUUGCCCAAGGCCUACUUCGAAAUAGAGUUGUUACGACUCAUUUUAGCAACCCGUCUGCCCUUGCGAUCAACGCUGUCCUGGUAGAAUCUCCAGACGUUUUGCUCGACAGUGCUCUAGCUGCUGACCUGCCCGAUUUGCUUUGCCAGGGCAUUACUCAUAAGAGCACUUUCAUAGCAGAUAACUUCAUUCUUGCAACAGGCAAAUACCUGCUCUCGUCGUCACCAAGAGGCUUUGAAGAUGCAAAGAAGAUAUUCAGCGCUCUUGCUACUGUCAUCGAGCCAGGGAAUCCCACCGAUUCGCGACGUUUGGCUCUUGUAGUGGUUCGGACAGUGAGCCGCAAUGAUAUGGAUGCGGUACGGCCUCACGUUCCGAUCCUCGCCCCACCAAUUUUCGCAAGUGUCCGAGACCCUGUAAUUCCAGUCAAGCUCUCGGCCGAAGCUGCAUUCGUGGAGAUAUUCAAUGUUGCAGACGAAGAAGGCCGAGUCUUUGAUAAGUUUAUGGCUGGGCCAGGGGCAGAUCUACCGCCGAACACUAAGAGAAGCAUGGGAGAUUACUUCAAGCGCGUUGCACUUAGACUUGGAAGUCAGGCCAGGGAGAGAAGGGAGGCAGAGGGCGGCCAAGGUGGAUUAGGCUUGUCCAACGACGAACAGGAAGAUGAACGAGAGAUUUGGAGUGUUGGAAAGGUAGAUCACCUAAGCCAGAGGGAUCAAGAGGUCAAUCUCCGAACUCAGAAGCGCCUGGCCUCUUCGGUCAUUGGCUGCGGCAAGCGCAAGAUCUGGCUCGACCCCAACGAGCAGAGCGAGAUCUCCAACGCCAACUCCCGGCAGACAAUCCGAAAGCUCAUCUCCGAUGGUCUCAUCAUCCGCAAGCCUGUGACCCAGCACUCGCGCUCCCGAGCUCGCGAGCUCAACCUUGCCCGCCGAGAGGGUCGCCACAGAGGUUACGGUAAGCGCAAGGGUACUGCCGAUGCCCGUAUGCCUGAGCAGGUUCUCUGGAUGCGCCGCCUGCGUGUCCUCCGCCGUCUUCUGGUCAAGUACCGUGCCAGCGGAAAGAUCGACAAGCACCUGUACCACGAGCUCUACCACUCCAGCAAGGGUAACACCUUCAAGCACAAGCGUGCUCUCGUUGAGCAUAUCCACCGUGCCAAGGCCGAGAAGGCCCGUGAGACCAAGCUCAAGGAGGAGAUGGACGCCAAGCGUGCCAAGACCAAGGCCGCACGCGAGCGCAAGCAAGAGAGAGUGGCAGCAAAGAGAAAUGCUCUGCUGAGCGAGGAGUAA